AUGCGAGAGGCCGCGGAACGGCGGCAGCAGCUGGAAGCGGAGCAUGAGCAGGCCCUGGCUGUCCUCAGCGCCAAGCAGCAGGAGAUCGACCUUCUGCAGAAGGCUCAGGUUGAAGCUAAGAAAGAGCACGAAGGAGCCGUGCAGCUGCUAGAGUCCAAGGUCCGAGAGCUGGAAGAGAAAUGCCGGACCCAGAGUGAGCAGUUCAGCCUGCUGUCCCGGGACCUGGAGAAGUUCCGGCGGCACGCGGGGAAGAUCGAUCUGCUGGGCAGCAGUGCGGUGGCCCCGCUGGACGUCCCCUCGGCCCCCAGCAAGCCUUUCCCUCCCUUCAUGAACGGACUGGCCACCUCCAUCAGCAAAGGUCAGGGGAGCGCUGUUGGAAGUGGCCCUGCGAUUGGCGAAUAUAUCCGGCCCCUCCCGCUCCCCGGUGACAAGCCGGAGCCUCUGUCCGCCAAGCCCACCCUUCUGUCAAGAUCCGGUAGCCCAAGAUGCAGAUUUGAGUCAGAUAUGGAGAAUGAGCGGAACUCCAAUACCUCAAAGCAGAGAUACUCGGGGAAGGUGCACCUGUGUGUCGCCCGCUACAGCUACAACCCCUUCGACGGGCCAAAUGAAAACCCGGAAGCCGAGCUGCCGCUCACGGCGGGGAAAUACCUCUACGUGUACGGGGACAUGGACGAGGACGGCUUCUAUGAAGGGGAGCUCCUGGAUGGGCAGAGGGGUCUGGUGCCCUCCAACUUUGUGGAUUUUGUCCAGGACAACGAGUCACGCCUGGCAAGCACGCUGGGGCACGAGCAGGGCCAGAACCUCAUCAACCGUUCCGGCGUCGUCGGCCUGGAGGGGGAGAACAUUCUGGACCUGCACUCGCCCACUCACACAGACCUGGGCAUCACGGACAACGGCGCGGGGACGCUGGACCUGAACAUCGACGACGUCGGAGAAGACAUUGUGCCUUACCCUCGGAAAAUCACCCUCAUCAAACAACUCGCCAAAAGUGUCAUUGUGGGCUGGGAGCCCCCCGCGGUGCCGCCGGGCUGGGGCACCGUGAGCGGCUACAACGUGCUGGUGGACAAGGAGGCGCGGGCGAGCCUGGCGCUCGGGAGCAGGACCAAGGCCCUUAUCGAGAAGCUGGACACGGCCGCCCGCACCUACCGCAUCUCCGUGCAGUGCGCGACCAGCCGGGGCAGCUCGGACGAGCUGCGGUGCACGCUGCUGGUGGGCCGGGACGUGGUGGUGGCGCCCGGCCACCUGCGCGUGGACAACGUCACCCAGACCUCGGCCCAGCUGUCCUGGCUGCCCACCAACAGCAACUACAGCCACGUCAUCUUCCUCAACGAGGAGGAGUUUGACGUCGUCGGGGCCGCCCGGUACCAGUACCAGCUCUCCAACCUCAGGCCCAACGCGGCCUACAAGGUGCGGGUCCUGGCCAAGCCCCACCAGAUGCCGUGGCAGCUGCCGCUGGAGCAGAGGGAGAAGAAGGAGGCCUUCGUGGAGUUCUCCACGCUGCCCGCAGGUCCCCCGGCCCCCCCACAAGAUGUCACCAUCCAAGCUGGGGCCACCCCGGCCACCAUCCAGGUCUCCUGGAAACCGCCUGCGCUGACUCCCACCGGCUUGUCCAACGGAGCCCUCGUCACCGGCUACGGCGUGUACGCAAAAGGGCAGAGGGUGGCCGAAGUCAUCUUCCCCACGGCGGACAGUGCGGCGGUGGAGCUCGUGCGGCUGCGGAGCCUGGAGGCCAAGGGCGUGACCGUGCGCACCCUCUCCGCGCAGGGCGAGUCGGUGGACUCCGGCGUCGCGGCCAUCCCCCCCGGCCUCCUGGUGUCCCCACCGCCCCACCCGAGGACUGCUCCCGCCCCAAAGCCACUAGCCAGUGCCGGAGCCCCCAAUACCAAAGAUGAACACUUGGGUCCCCACGCCAGGAUGGACGAGUCCUGGGAGCCGGGCCGCGCGCCCGCCCCUGCGCACCUGCACACGCUGGAGCCGCCCGCGCUGCCCGGCGCGGGGAGGAGGUCGCCCUCGCCCAGCCGGAUCCUGCCGCAGCCGCAGGGGGCCCCGGUGUCCACUUCCGUCGCCAAGGCCAUGGCCCGGGAAGCCGCGCAGAGAGUGGCCGAGAGCGGCAGGUUAGAGAAAAGGAGCAUCUUCCUAGAAAGGAGCAGCGUGGGGCAGUACGCCCCCUCGGACGAGGAGGACGGCUACGACUCCCCCGACGUCAAGAGGAGAGGGGCGUCCGUGGACGACUUCCUGAAAGGGUCUGAACUCGGCAAGCCGCCCCACUGUUGCCAUGGAGACGACUACCACACCGAGAGCAGCCGGGGGUCUGACCUCUCCGACAUCAUGGAGGAGGACGAGGAGGAGCUCUAUUCCGAGAUGCAGCUGGAAGACGGGGGCCGGAGGCGGCCCAGUGGCACAUCCCACAACGCCCUCAAGGAGUGCUCCGAAGGCGCUUUGUCGGGGCCGCAGCCCCCGCUCAGGAAGAGGCUGUUCAGUAUCCCCGAAGUAGCCGAGGAGGAGCCCGAGGGCUGCGAGCUGCUGCACAAGCAGGGCCUCCGGGCGUCCCCCAGGGCCCGGGCGCCGCCGCCCGGGGAGCCCAGGCGCGCCCGGCCGCGCAGGGGGGACGAGGCCCCGCGGCGCUCCCGGCUCCCGGCCCGGCACAGGGUCCCCGCGGCUGCGGAGGACGCCCUCCCCGAGGACAGAGGCUGCCGGCUCAGCCGCUCGGCCGCCAGGAGCCCGGACAGCGGCCUGGACUGCGGCAGCGAGGAGGAGCUGCGGGCCGGCCUCGGGAGCGCCGCGGCCGCCUGCAGCCCCGGGCGCUGCCCCUGCGCCCGGAGCCCGCGGCCCGCGCUGGCCCGGCGGCGCACGCUGACCCGGCAGAGCAGCGUUGAGGAGGACUUUGGGGAGCAGGAGGACCCCGGCGCCGGGCCCAGGGGCGACGAGAGGCCGGGCCCCGGCAAGCACGGCUGGGACGAGUCGGCGGAGCGCGAAGAGUUUCGGGGUGUCCGCAGGAAAAGCGCAGCCGGGCCCGACAGCGCGGCCGCCCAGCCGGCUCCCCGCGCCGCGCGAGGCCCUGCGAUCUUAGGAAACCCAGCGUCUGCAGGACGGGCAGAUAGGGUGGAUCACGUGGGCCGGAGGUUCCCCCGCGGCAGCCCUGGUCCUCAGCGGUCCCGGCCGAUGCCUGUCCCGUCCAUCGACGAGUACUCGGGGCGCGACCGCCUCUCCCCGGACUUCUACGAAGAGUCAGAGACCGACCCUGGCGCCGAGGAGCUCCAGGCCCGCAUCUUUGUGGCUCUCUUUGACUACGACCCGCUCACCAUGUCCCCAAACCCAGACGCCGCCGAGGAGGAGCUUCCCUUCAAAGAAGGACAGAUCAUCAAGGUUUACGGCGACAAAGACGCCGACGGGUUCUACCGCGGGGAGACCUGUGCCCGGCUCGGCCUCAUCCCCUGCAACAUGGUGUCCGAGAUCCAGGCGGAUGACGAGGAGAUGAUGGAUCAGCUCCUCAGACAGGGCUUCCUGCCCCUGAACACGCCCGUGGAGAAGACAGAGAGAAGCAGGCGGGGUGGCAGGCAUCACGCCGUGUCGACGCGGAGGAUGGUGGCUCUGUACGACUACGACCCGAGGGAAAGCUCGCCCAACGUGGACGUGGAGGCGGAACUUACGUUUUGCACGGGAGAUAUUAUUACUGUCUUUGGUGAAAUUGAUGAAGACGGAUUUUAUUAUGGGGAGCUGAAUGGGCAGAAAGGCCUCGUACCUUCCAACUUCCUGGAAGAAGUGCCUGCCGACGUGGAGGUCUACCUUUCCGACGCUCCGUCCCACCACUCUCAGGACGCACCCGUGCGCUCCAAGGCAAAAAGGGUUCCUCCUGAGGGUUCAGGGACAGCAAGGAGAGCUCCAUCCCCCACAGUCCAUCUCCAUUCGGGGUCACCUCCGUCAUCUAUGGGUUCUGGUAGUCCUGGGAGAGGCAGGGAAAUGUCCUCGAAAAAGAAAAAGGGGCUGCUUUCCAAAGGCAAGAAACUGCUGAAAAAGCUGGGUGCAGUGAAAUGAUUCAUGUGCUUAUGGACAACUUCCAAAUCUAUGUAAUUUUCUUUAAUUCCAAACUAGGGCUUUCAUGACUCAAGUACUUCCUAAAAAAACAAUCUUCUCCCCUGACACCAGUAGAGAAAUGCACUUUUGCACUACCAUCCACUUUAAACCAACUGCGAGAACAAAGAGGAGCUGUUGCUCUCUCUCAGUCACCGUUGACAAUCUGCUCUUUGUCCAAGGUCCUGACUGGGGAGGCGGGAGGGGAUGUCUUACUAACAAACAGGGGGGCGAACAGCUACCUGUAGCUCACUCCCUACCUGUAACUCCAGUCUUUGUGCAUUUGUCAUCCACCCUUAAAGGAAUGAUUUUCAACCUUUCUCCCUUUUCAAAAUGCUUGCCUCAUAAUGCAUAACUUUCACUUUAACUCUGGUCUUGAAAUUCCUAGUUUAAUUCGCCUUGAUGUUCUGCCUUAUAAAUGCACAAUGAUUUGUACUGUCUAAUAAAACAUACAGUGUAUACUUCGUAUGUGUUGUGCAUUCAGUGGUCUUCAUCCUCACUGACACAGUGGCUCGAAACCCAGUUGUACAGGCUGUGCAUUUUAAGAUGCUGGUUUUAGUCUUUGAAAGCAAGCCAGGCAACACACAGAAAUGUUUACUUAGUCAACCAUUCAAAAAAGAGAAAAGGAGAGAAAGUAACUUUGGUAAAGUACCAGUACUCCAACCUGCCAGAGAGGUGAUAAUCUUCAUUGCUUUCAGUGUUAUAUUUUGUGGCAUAUGGAUUUCUGUUACUUUCAUUAUUUGUCAAAAUGCCAUAUCCAAAUACUCAACAGUGAACAGCACACACACUAACGUGAUCCACAUAGUACAUAAGCCACACCAAAAACAUCCUAAAUUUAAAUCUAUUCAAAAUGAGUCCAUACCCACCUUCAUCAUUGGCAUUUGAACAAAAGACUUACAAAGUUGCUGGCAGAGGCAUUUGAUGGUUACUAUUUUGUAAUUCUUGUCCACUUGUAAAUUGUUUUUACUCUUUAUACAUACUUUUCAGACUGCCUUUCUUUUGUAAUUUAUGGACGGUUUAUAAAUGAAUGACAAAGCUUUCCCCAUUGUGUCUUCAAAAACUAUAUUAUAAAUUGUAAUAUAUGUGGUAGAUUUAUUAAAAGGAAAUUACUCAAUGUGUGGUUAAACUCUGUGUGGGUGUGUGCAUGUGUACAGUUAGUGUAAAACUAUUUUCUAGAAAUAAAAUUUGUUAUUUUAUA